GACGAAACAUGCAGUCGAAUGAAAAUACUGGCAACUGGGAGGCUGGAAUAUUGAACGAUCAUAACAAGCUGAAUCGCCAACGUCUAUCUGAAGGACUUUACAGCAGACCUGGUGAAUGCCAACUACGAGUAUUGGAAUCAACCCGGAGGAGAAUCAAAGAAGACAACAGCGGUGUCACAUCGUCUAAGACUACCAGAGAAGCAUCCACGGCCCCUUCUUCUAAUGGAAAUAAUUUGUGGUGGUCAUUGACGCUCAGCAGGCUGCACUUUCGAAAAUGAGAAACGUCUAUGGAGGCAGCUUGGUUCGUUCGUCACGAGGGUAUGGAUUCAAGCGAAAACAACGAGCCUUCCGAACGUUUUGUAUCUUCCAACUCCUGGGAAGUUUGGUAUGUUCGGGUCUCUUGAUGAGUUUGUGGUUGAUGGCUCAAUUGGAGGAAACCUUGAAAUCAAAUAUUGCUACUCCAGAUAAGAUGGGAAAAUUACAGCGACCAAAAGAACCAUUCAAGAGGACUACUUCCAACGACUUCCUUGCAUACGAUUACGAACGAAAAUCAUCGCGACAGGCGAUGCACCAUCCUCCGGAGACCGAACAGAUGAAGAGCCUUGUUGGCAACCCGGGGUCUCACCCAUCCAUUGAAGAGAAUACGAAUGGAAGUGUCAUCAACCAAAUCACAUGGCGACAACGGAAUCAAUUGAUUUCGUCUCCAUCGCCAUUGUUUCCGCUUCUUCCUCCGUCCCUCGACUACCUAGGGGUUCUGAUAGACGCAGGUCGCCAUUACUUUCCAGUGCCAUGGCUCUAUCAACAUCUUCGAUACCUGCACGACUUGGGAUACAAUUAUAUUCAUUUCCGAUUGACUGACGAUCAGAACUUUAUUCUCAACAUAACAAUACCAAAAUUGGGUAUAGAGAGAAGGAACAGAAGUAUUUCUGACACUAGUUUCGCGUUCGUUGCUCGUUGGGAGCAGGAACAAAAGAAUCUCCACGGCACCCAUAAUGGCACAGCCGACGAAGGGGACAGGCACGUCUAUUACCAGCCGCAUGAGCUAUCGAAAUUUGUUGAGUUUGCAAGAGACGAAUACAACAUAACCGUCGUUCCAGAAAUCAAUGUCCCGGGCCAUGCGGGUGCUUGGGGGGCCAACACGGCGGUUCCAGAUCUUGUCGUGUCGUGCCCCAAGUUCGCCUGCUCGAAUGGCUACGGUGUCCCACUGAACCUGACGCAUCCAGAGUUACCAAAAAUACUUGAACACGUACUGACCGAAGUGGUGGAAAUCUUUCACCACCCUCCCUUCUUGCACCUCGGUGGAGAUGAGCUGCACAUGUCUCUGCCUUGUUUGGAGGAGGCGGGCAUCGCGGAUACAUCUUCUUGGCUAUCGGAUAGCGUUGCACGCUUUGAAAAAGAAACCCUUGGACCCAUCGUGGAAGGCCUAGGCUACGGUCCCCAUCAGAUACUUAGAUGGGAAACACCAAACCAAAAACGAAGGUCGGAACCGGAGGAGUAUCGAUUUGGCGGGAUCACCCACUAUUGGGAAUCAACUCCUCCCUCACAAAACGACGGGAGGGGUGAUGUGACUCCGUACAUGGUUUCGACAGGACUAUAUCUAGAUGUUAUGUCGACCAGCAAGAUCUACGGAUACGGAGAUUUUUUGGCCGCGCAAAAGCUGGUUUCCGAGGCGCGGUCGAAUCCACCGUUUGCCAUUGUGGCGGGGGCUUUUGAAUUGGGAACUGAAUUUUGGGAGGAUCGCAACGUUUUGGGUCGACUCUUCGCGAUUCGAAUGGGGGUAGCAACGGCCUCCGAAACGCCAUCGGAAGCCAUCCCUCGAACGCAAUACGAAUUCAAGUCACAGUAUCUUUCCAAAUGCAAGUCGAUCUUCCACUUCUCCAAUGCCGAUUCCAUAUGUGAAAGUGCAGGUCUGCCUCUUUUGGAGGAUCGGAGCUACCAAGCGAAGUGGAAGCUGUUUUGGAAAGAAUGGAAGACUGGAUUAUGCGAGUACGUUGUUAUCAUUUUGAGAUUCGAGGGGGAUGCUAUUCAGUCUACCGGCUUUCUAAUCCAGCCUUCCUUCUUUGUUUCUCAUUUUCCUCAAAAAUCUCUUUAUUGGAUUCAUUCAAAAAUGCAGAGGGCUGACAUAUCCAGAGCAAUCACCUCACAUCCACCCAUCAUCUGUAGAUCCGAAAGUACAACGAACUGCUAACCACAAUUUCUGGGAAAGUGUGCUAUCUUCGUCUCAAUCUCUCGGAGUUACGAGGCAACAUAUUCAUACAAAUGUCACUGCACCAAAGUCCAUUGAUAGCAACAUACCACAUGUUGGAUUGGUAGUAAAUCUAGUAGAGAAUUCCAUCUCUCAACAAAACCUUUUUCGGUUGCUUCAAACGAUAGAGCUUCUGGGUAUGAAUUUGAUCCAGUUGAACCUUGCAGACGACUUCGGACAGGUUGUGGAGUACGAUUCCGUCUCUGGCAUUGGAUACAGUACUGCACUCUCGGAAGCAAAUCAGAAGGACGCAAAAAUAGCACUGCCCCUAUACGAUCGCCAUCGAUUGGAACAGAUUAUAGGUUGGGCUUAUCAAGCCGGCAUUCAAUUGGUACCUGAAAUCAAUCUAGCAACCAAUGGAGGUGGCUGGUUCAAGACCGGAAUGCUAAUUGACUGUCCCAAAGUUUUGUGCGAAAAGGGCCACGGAAUUGCCUUUGAUGUGAUCAAUAAGAUCGAAAGCGUAUUGCCGAUCGUGCUGUCUGUAGUUGCCGAACUACGAGACAUAUUUUCGGCUUCUCCCUUGAACAAAUUCAUGCAUCUAGGAUUCGAUGAACGGGAGAUGGCGGUAGGUGGGUGUUUUUCAGAAUCAGGGCUCGAUGCCUCCGAAGUGCACGCUGCCUUGCAUAGAUUUGAAACCAAAUUGUUUGACGCCAUCUCUCUCAUUGGAGCUGACCAUCACAAUAUAAUUCGUUGGCAAAAUGAAGAAAAAGUAGAAUAUCGGGAUCGCACUGGAAAGAUUACUCAGUUUACCAGCAUAGAUGACUUAGCGGAUAAAUACGACAGCAUUUCAGACCUCACUCCGUUUUUUGGAACGGUGCUCAUUACGGAAAAAAAUACACCAUGGGAGGUGUAUCAAGCGACUCUAUGCUGGACAACGAAAUCGUCACCUCCACAUGGUUUGGUUGCCAAGGGGACUCAUGGGCAAGUUCCGCAGAUUGAUCAACUCGUCGCAUUUACUAUGGGGCUUAGAGACAGAGCUAAAACUGAUACUACUUUUGAUGGUUUUCAGACCGACUUUGCAGUCGCUUGUGAGAAACUACGAUGUAGAGAAGCUGCACAAUAUUUUGGAAGAACUGCAAACAAUAGAGCACAAUUGAAGGACUUGAAUCUGAGAGAGUCAUGUAUAGAAAGAACUACCAAUACUACCUCAAGGAGAUCUAAAAAGUGACGAAGACAUUCCUUUUCUAGUAAUAGUAGUUUUGAUGAAGUACUACUACUAGUACUAGUAGUAAUUGCGACUUUUUGGCUCGUAGUAACUACCUUGACAUAUUUCUCACGUGUGACCAUAGGUUAACCUUUCAAAGUAUCAUUUGCUUCAUAAACUGAUCUAGAUUGU